CCAGGACAGAGAUCGCUGACUGGAGUGAAGCUGACUGCACAUUAGACCACAGCGAUGCCAGAGAGACAAGACACGCCUCUGGGGGCGCUACCGCUGCAGAGACGAUGCCCACGAUGCGGGGAUGUACUGGAGUGGUCACGGGAGCAAAGUGCUCUGUUGGCCUGCCGUUGCUACUCUCAGCUGGACGAGGCUGUGGAGAGUGUGGCUGAAGGCCGAGGCCGGGGUGCUACCAGAGGGGACAAGGAGAGGGGUCACUGGGCUGAAGGACGAGUGGGGGACAUUGACUUCACUGGCACCAGUAGGACAAGGGGAAAGUUUGUGAGGGUUCACAGCUCCACAGAUCCAGUGUUAAUCUACCAGAUGCUGACAGAGCAGUGGGGACUAGCCCCUCCACACCUGGUGGUGGCUCUGGUGGGGGGAGACGAGCUGGCUCAGAUGAAACCCUGGCUCAGGGACACCGUGAGGAAAGGACUGGUCAAGGCUGCUCAGAGCACAGGUGCCUGGAUCCUGACCAACGGGCUUCGCUUCGGCAUCACCAAGCACCUGGGCCAGGCUGUCCGUGACCACUCUCUGGCCAGCACCUCCUCUAAGGUCAAGGUGGUGGCCAUCGGCAUCGCUCCCUGGAACAUGAUCCACAACAGAGACGCUCUGCUUGCUGCUAAGCCAGACCAGCCUGCCGUGGUGGAGCCCCAGGACCUGUCCCAUGGGGCGGUGUACUCCCUGGACUGCAACCACUCCCACUUUGUCCUGGUUGAGGAGGACCCUCAGCGCCCCGGGGCCACCAGCGAAAUGAGGGUCAAGCUGCUCAAGCAUAUCUCCCUGCAGCGCACCGGUUAUGGAGGUGCAGGCAGCUUUGAGAUCCCAGUGCUGUGUCUCCUGGUGCAUGGAGAACCUCGGAUCCUACAGAGGAUGUAUAAGGGCAUAGGGAACGCCAUGCCCUGGCUGAUACUGGCGGGGUCGGGGGGCGUGGCCCACAUCCUGGUCACGCUGAUGAACCGGGGCUGCUGGGACAUGGACAGCGUGCAGGAGCUCCUGCUAGACACCUUUCCCAGCGUGCACCACAGCACUGACAUCACUAACUGGACCAAGCUGAUCCAGAAGAUACUGGACAACGGCCACCUCCUGACAGUUCAUGACCCCGAGCAGGAGAGCUCUGAGCUGGACACAGUCAUCCUCAAAGCUUUGGUCAAAGCCUGUAAGAGCCAGAGUCAGGAAGCUCAGGACUUCCUGGAUGAGCUGAAGUUGGCGGUGGCCUGGAACCGGGUGGACAUCGCUAAGAGCCACAUCUUCAAUGGGGAUGUGGAGUGGACGGCAGGUGACCUGGAGGAGGUGAUGAUGGACGCACUGGUCAAUGACAAGCCCGACUUUGUGCGUCUAUUUGUGGACAACGGCGUGUGUCUGGGCGAGUUCCUGACCUACGGCCGCCUGCAGGAGCUCUACUGCUCCGUGUCAGAGAAGAGCCUCCUUCAUCUCCUCCUCCUGAAGAAGCACCAGGAGAAACAGCUCCUACUGAAGGCUACACGGACCCCUGGACCCCCUCACGACCACCACAAGGCCGAGUCCGGGGACCGGAAGGCCCGAAAGACUUCACCCUGCAUGAGGUGUCCAAAGUGCUGA